AUUGAAAAUCCAAUCAUCAAAAUGUGCAUGUUUAAGUAUUUUUUCGCAUUCUUUGUUCUUUUGCUUUCCCUGAUGAAGCGGUAUAGGUCAAUCAAAUAUAUCCGGGGAAUGGUUCCAAAGGAGAGGCCUUUUGUUUUUCUUGAAUCCAAGCUGGCCGAAUUGGAAAUCACUGACCCCCCUUACACAGUUUUCAAUUUCGCUACAGAGGCUGCAAACACCGUUGAUGUCAUAGAGGAUGAAUUGAAAAAGAAGGAUAACAAAGCCAUGCGAAGAUUCAAACACGACUUAAGCGAAAAGAAGGAGAGGACCGCAGACAUUCUAGUCACACUUUUAAAAGACGCUUUACAGUUUUUCGAUUAUGAAAGAAGUUGA